UGUCAAGGCUUCCAACUGACUCGGUUGCAAAGCUCUCCAUUGCGGAGAACAAUGGUUCAUCGUCUGCGCCUUCUGGAGCUAGGCAGCCCAAGAACAAGAACAAAGGAAAGGCGAAGGCGGAAGGAAACUCCGGCAACUCUCAACCACAACCAAAGAAGAGUGCCGGCGGAGCAGGUGGUAGUGGUGGUUCAAAACCCAACCCCUCGAAGAGUGCGAAGUUACGUGGGAUGGAGAAGGAUGCUCCUGAAGUGCGCGUUUCGAAAACUGUUUCUUGGCUUCUGCGGCAUGGAGCACAGGGUGAAGGCCUUGCGAUGCGGAAAGAUGGGUAUGUCAAGGUGGUGGAUCUAGUCGAUAACCCUAAGCUGAAAGCUCUGAAUUUGGACCUUGAGGCUAUCAAGAACCUCGUACGCGCUGAUGCGAAGAAGAGAUACGAUCUAGUGCUUGAGAGUCCAAACGGCGUCAAGCUGGAGAUAAUUGGUGCUGAGCCUGUAGCUGUUCCUCCCGUAGAAGUGGGUGUAGGCGCUACGGCUGAAGGCGUCGCGACAUCGUCUUCAGAGGCAGCGGGAGAUAAAAAGGACGGUGGAUGGUGGAUUAAGGCGAAUCAAGGGCAUUCUCUCAAGGCUGUAGAGCUGGAGCUGAAACCUAUCACUUCGAUAAAGGAUAUCCCGACUGGGAUCGCCGUUCAUGGGACAAAUCGAGAAGCUUGGAAAAUUAUUUGUUCUGAAGGUCUAUCGAAGAUGAAGAGGAAUCACAUCCAUCUCGCCCAGAACGUCGCGGGAAAGAACGUUGUCAGCGGAAUGCGCACCUCCUCACAUAUCCUCAUUUACAUUGACGUGGCGAAGGCUCUGAAUGCUGGAAUCAAGUUCUGGAUGUCAGAUAAUGGCGUGGUUCUGACGGAAGGGAAUGAGCGGGGAUAUCUGCCUAAAACGUUCUUCGAGAAGGUGGUCGACCUAAAAUCAGGAGAAAUACAUGGCUGGGAGGAAGCCUGAU